AUGUCGUCGCCGUCGAAGAAACAGCAUGAGAUAGAGGUCGUGGCCGAUAGGGUGCUCAAGAGGGUUGAAAUCAGUAGGAUGGUCAGAAGACUUCAGAACCGCCUUGCCCUAGCUCAGUUCAAGACAAAACAUGGCCUCGAAGACCUUACCCUCGACAGUAUCGAGCCCAGAUUCGAAAAGGAGCUGCGUCGAAGCAGGCUCCUCGAUGGUGAUAUCUUGUCCGACUCCUCCUCCAGCGCUUCCGAUCUUCCAUACCCUACGCGAGCCCUGAUGAGCUCACCACUUAAGGCUCCCGUCUUCUCUGAUGCCAUCGGAUCCAGCAACGGCAGCUCGGGUCAUCGCAAGCGCUCGUAUCUGGCAUCCUUCGAGUACGACCCAAACAUGUCGAGUCCGAGCAAGAGGUUCCGCCAGUCACCCACCGCUCACCGUUCUUUCACGUAUGGCAGCCACUCAUCGUGGAAAGACCACCACGACUUGACUCAGUCAUCGCCCAUGAAACCCCAGCGACAACGGCAUUUUACUACCUCAACAGGCCCCAACGUGGCCUUGUUUGAUACCUCGAGACAAAUGACCAAUGUUCUGGCCUCGCCUGGCUACGGUGCCAAUCCCUCAGACGAUGAAGACGAUCCCCCCGUACACUCGUUUGCACGCUCUCACGUGCGGGUAUCGCCGCCAAGGACGCCGCCGAUGCGCACUCGCAAUGUUCUCGGCGGAAGAAAGAAGGAAAACAAGCCACCCUUGCCCACCAUUCGAAGGCCUCUGGGGACCAAUACGUCGAUGGGAGGCCAGCAAACCCAAGAAAAGACAAACGAGGAGGGUGCGGAUUUACUUCUAUAUCUGGCAGCCUCGCCAUCUCCUGCCCGUCCGACCAAGAGACGAUUCGACAGUAACAAUCAUGUUACCCACAACCACCACUUCCUGAUGGAGCCGCCAUCAACCCCACCACCCAAGCACUUGGGCCUUCUGAGCAGCAACAGGUUGGCGUUGCCCUCGUCCAUGAUGACCACACCUGGGGGCGGAAAUCCGUUCCCCAAUACUCCUGGCCUUGGCUUCGACUUUUCUGAUUUCGUUCACAUGACGCCUAGUCCGGCGCAGAAGCCUUGGAAGACGCCGCUUAGCGUUUCACGGAGGCAUCUCACGUUUGAUGAACAGUCUUGA